GGUUUCCUCUUGAGACUAUUUAGUCACUAUCUUACUGUUCUUCCCUCUCUUUUAUUUCCUCAAUCACAGUCAAUAUGGAGGCAGUCAAACGUUUCUUCUCCUCCCCGCGCUUUGCAGUUGCGGGCGCAAGUAACGACAGCAACAAGUUUGGUUACAAGAUCCUCGCAUGGUAUCACCAGCAUUCCCUCCCUGUCACUCCUCUCAAUCCUCGCGCACCGCAGAUUGAACUGCCCUCUCGUGCCUACGAUACGGUCGCAUCGCCCAGCGCCUUGCCUACACCUUCGCAAACAUCCUUGUCGGUUGUGACCCCGCCAGCGAUCACUCUGCCAUUGCUCCAGGAGGCUCAUUCAGUGGGAAUUCCGGCCGUGUGGUUGCAGCCCGGAACGUUUGAUGAUGCCGUCCUGGAGUUCGCCCACAAGCACUUUCCGGCAGUGAUCGCAGGCGAUGGGGGAGCGGGAAGUGAGGGUUGGUGUGUUUUGGUGGACGGCGAAGAAGGAUUGGAGGCUGCAGGAGUGCAGUGGGCGAGCCAAAAGCUGUAGGGCGAUCAAGAGGAUCUAUCCCGAGGAAGCGGUGUAUAUAGUAUAGUAUAGGUCUCGCCACCAGUGAAUCUCAUCGUCUCUCGACAU